AGUGUUCGGCUGGGGCAGGCACGCUGUGGCUGGCUACUUGCCUUCCUUCCAUCCCCUUUGGGCCGAACGGGAUCGGUGCUUCCGGUGAGACGCCUCCCCAUGCACAUCACUCCCAGGUGCCCUAGGGGGCACAUUUCCCACAACUCCCAGAGGGCAGGUUUCUAGAAAGUGCCACCAGUGGGGAGGCGCCACAACUUCACUGCCAUUUUGUGAGGUGCCGCCAUCUCUCCUCCAGCAAGGUCAGGACUUCAGGACUGAAACAAUGACCGAUAAAACAGAGAAGGUGGCUGUAGAUCCUGAAACCGUGUUUAAACGUCCCAGGGAAUGUGACAGUCCUUCGUAUCAGAAAAGGCAGAAGAUGGCCCUGUUGGCAAGGAAACAAGGAGCAGGAGACAGUCUUACUGCAGGCUCUGCCAUGUCCAAAGGAAAGAAGCUUAUGGCAGGAGAUGCUAUUCCACCCAGCCAAUUGGAUUCUCAGAUUGAUGACGUCACUGGUUUCGGCAAAGAUGGGACGAUGCAGAAACCUGGUAGCAAGGCACCUGUGGGAGGAAACAUUACUAGCAGUUUCUCUGGAGAUGACCUAGAAGGCAGAGAAACAGUCCCUUUUCCUAAAAGCCAAGAAGAAAUUAAUGCUGAUAUAAAACAUCAAGUAGUGAAGGAAAUCCGAUGCAUUGGACAAAAAUAUGAAAAAAUCUUCAAAAUGCUUGAAGGAGUGCAAGGACCUACUGAAGUCAGGAAGCGACUUUUUGAAUCCAUCAUCAAGGAAGCAGCAAGAUGUAUGAGAGGAGACUUCGUUAAGCACCUUAAGAAGAAACUGAAACGUAUGAUUUGAGAAUACUUGUCCCUGGAGGAUUAUCACACACCAAGUGCAUAAUCUCAUUAAUGAUUGAGGAGAGAAAAGGAUCAGAUCGCUGUUUUCUACAACGGAGCAGGAUAUUGCUGAAGUCUCCUGGCAUGUGUUACCGAAUCAAAUGGCCUUCCAGAGGCUAAGAAAUUUCUGUUAGUAAAAGAUGUUUUUAUUUGAAAGGAUAACUUGUGUUUUGGUUAUUUUGUAUUCCCACCUGUGCUGGUAGAUAUUAUUAACCCAUUAGGUAAAUACUAUUACAGUCGUGGUUUCUGCAGCAGCUCACAUUGUUGUAGCUGGUAUUUGUAACUACCUUCUUUCACUACCCAUUUCGCAUUCCCUUUGCCCCAAGAUAGCAUGUCAGUUGGUCAUGAUGCUUGGCCUGGCAGGAUGACUCAAACCUUCAUUACGGAAGAGUCUGAACCAUUAGAUGUCCUGCCUGGAUGGGGUUGCUGUGAUUUUCCGUUAACUCUAAUCG